AUGGAGGAACGUUCAUCAAACUCAGACGAGAAUGAUGCCAAAUUCCUUCACCUUUUAGCCGACGAUUUUUCUGGUCUGUCUUUAAACGAUGAAGAAGUUGCUAUUUUACGUUCCCAUCUUCGCUAUCGAAAGAAUUCACAUAGCUCUAAUAGUGAACACAAUCAAGCAGGGUCAGAUUCCAAUGUGCAUACAAAGGAGGAAAAAGGAAAAGAAAACAUUUCAUUUGACGAAAAUAUCAAACCAAGUUUCGAUCAGGUAGAAGAGUCGACACUUUCUAAACCCCUUUACCAUAAGGAAGAAGCUGAAUCUAGUUUACAGGAACAUCAUAGAGAAUUUGAUCAUUUUUUAUCAUCUCCUUCAUCAGGAAAUGUUUCUUCUACGCCCAACAAACAGGUUCAAAACAACGCUCCUUUAACUCCCUUAUCCUUGAUCUCCAAAGGGAUUUCUUUAAAUAGCGACGAUGAAACGGAUACGGACGAACAACUGUCCCCAGUGCUUACGGCAAAGAAAGCUUAUGGGGACUUGAACUAUCCUUCAACUUUGUAUCAUUCGGAUGACGAUUCUUCUAGUGAAUCAUUCCCUCGUGAACAGGUAAUCCUUAGCGAUGAUUUGGAACACGAGAAUCAUCAAAAGCCCGGAUACCUUACUCCCAUUAAAGAAGAAAAUUCCUCAGCGUACUCGUCGCGAAUCCCAGAUACUACGGGUUUGAGCCGAAAAAUCUCUGACAUAUCCAUCCCUGCAUCUGCAAUGAAAGAGUUGGAAGAGAAAAAGAGCCUUCUAAGUAAAGAGUUCCGAGAUGCUCCACCAGGUGCCUCUUUGACUUUAAAAGAACAAGCGAACGUUAUAGACAAUCUUCGUAAAGAAGCAUUUGGCCUUAAGCUGAAAUGUUUUUUCUUGUAUGACCAACUAAACAAAUUUCACGACUCUGAGGUUCAAGAUAUAAUGAAGCAAAAUAUAGACUUGAAAACUGUUACAUUACAAAUGCAGCGUGCAGUGGCUAGUUAUGAAAAGAAGAUAUCUUCAUAUGAAAAUAAGCCCUCUACUGCUUCAUCAGAUGCUCUACAGUCGAAAUUGUUUGAUUUGGAAAAAAAAAAUUCAGAAACUCUUUCCGAAUUACAGUCUACGAAAAAGGCACUGAUUAAACUUGAAAAAGAACGGCAGAAACAACUGAAUCCUGUAUAUGAUGCUUAUCAUGGUAAUGAGCAGAGUACUCUUUCUUCUUUAUUGGAUUGCGAGCGUCGUGAAAAAGAAAGCUUGUUACACGAAGUUGACUCUUUGCGUAGCUUGCUUGCUCAAAAAAGUCAGAUUCAACCGCGGACAUCUGAUGAAAGGGUUAUACUGAGUUUGCAGCGUACUAAUGAUCUUUUGAGGAAAGAUCUUGGUGCACAGAAUGAAGCCUUUCUAUUCCAGAUGGAGGAGAAGGACAAGCUUAUGCAAGAAAUGGAAGAGCUUCGAAGUAAUCUUGAUGCCGCAAAGCUGAAUGCAGUAGCUGAAGCUGAAGCAAGUAAAAAUGAAAUAUGGGAUUUAAUGAUGGCUUGCAAGAUGAAAACACAAGAGCAAGCGGUUGAACUUAGCCAACUUUAUAAGCAGUUGGAGGAAAUUGAAUAUGAUUGCGAAAAUAAACUCGUCAAAAUGGAACAGCAAUGGAAAGAUGAUGUAGAUCAACUACAGCAAUAUGUGGAGGAGCUUACUCAAGAUUUACACACUGCAAAAGACGAGUUGACCAAAUCCGCCAAUGACUCCCAAGCAUACGAGCGAGCUCUAGAUGAUUUACGAAGAGGAACUGAAGCAGAAAUCAAUCAUUUUGACAAAACAGUACGUGAAAAUGAAGAAAGUAUUGGUUUGUUCAAAGAAGAGAUUGAGAAAUUAACUGACGAGCUUUCACACCUUUCUGAAAGCUAUAAUGAAAAGUCAAAUGAAUUGAAGGUUUCUGAAAAUAAGGUCGCAAACUUACGACAAAAAUUAGAAGGCUCAAGUAUGCUGUCCUCAGAAAUAAACGCUCUAAAUAGUCAAUUGGAAAAUUCCAAUAAUCUAUGGCAAUCAGCAACUGAAGAAAAAGAUUCAUUAAAAGAAAAGUUAGAAUCCAUGCAUGCUCAAAUUGAGGGCAUGAAAUGUCACAAUUUGGAGUCGAACAAAAAGGAAAGUGAGCUGCAAAAGCAAGUUGAGAAAUUAAUAACGGAAAUUGAUAAUCUGAAACACUCACAGGAAGAUGAAGGUAAAGAGAUUUAUACUUUAUCUACCCAGUUAGAAGAAAAGAAACAUGAGUUGAGUACAGUUGCCCAAGAAAAGGCGACAAUUAUGAAAACUCUAGAAACACUAGAAAACCGCUAUACUGUUUUGCAAAGUAGCUUUUCGUCACUUCAGAGUGCUAUUUUAGAAACAUUUGACAAGAAAGUUGAGCAUUGUUCCGCUGAGUUACUUGUUCGACAGGUGAAAAAAUUAAAGGAUGAAAGCAAACGAUUAAGUGUUGAAAUAGAGAAGUCCACUCGGCAGUUUAGCAGAAAUGAACAAAUAAUCAGAGAAAGGGAAGCUUCUAUGGAGUCUAUUCAAUCUGAGAAGAAAGAACUAAAAGCCUUACUUGACUCGGAGCGCCGGUCAAAGAAAGUAAUGCAAUCUGAGCUCGACGCGUUGAACUUGCAGAACACUCGUCGUAGUCUCAGCAAUUCUUCGAAUCCAUCUGAUCGAUCUCAAUCUAGGGAAUUCAAACUUCUUCAGAAUUCCGAAAAGCGCUUAAAAGACCAAAUAGACGAAAGAAAUAAUCUCAUAAAGACAGUCAUUGGCCGUUUGAUUCAAUUAUCUGCAUCUAAUAUGAUAAGUGGAAGUAGCAGUCCUGAUGCUUUAACGACAUUUUCAAGUAUGAGUCAGGCAAUGCAUGGUCAGCUUAAGGACUUAGAAAAGUUUGUUCACGGAUUUAGAAAGAAGUGUAAAACUAUGGAACGAGACUUUAAAAUUGAAAUUGGUAGACUUGAUACCAACCUGGAGGCUCGAAGCAAAAAGCUUAGUCAGUUGGAAGAACGUUUCCGAUUGAUGAAUGUCUCAACUUUAGGACCCCGACCCGCUUCUCCCAUGUCUUCAAAAAAAGCAAUCACUAACACGGAGUUACCAGAUAGCAAGAAAUCUUCGCCUGACAGGUCCGCAGUACAACGUGGCAUCACCGCAUUGAAACGCGACGCUGAAGGGAUGAGCCAUAUUUGGCAAUUGAGGUUACGUGAAAUGGAGUUUCAACUUAAAGCUGAGCAAGAAGGCCGUAAACGUGAUAAGUUAGGGGCUCGAGAACGUCUUCAAGAUUUAGUCAAGCAAAAUCGAAGCCUUUCUCAGCAAAUCACGUUUGAUAAAAAUCCACAACGUACUAAUUCAGUUUCGUCGCAUGAAACAGAGACCUAA